UCCUGCUCUCUCUCCCUCUGACUCCCCAGAUCCAUCUCUUUCUAAUUUGUUAGAAGAAUGGAAUGUCAGUCUUUUGGUUCAUGGAAUCGGACCCUCGUCCUCCUCCUCCUCCUCUCCUCUGCCAUCAUUCUCUUCUUUGCCUCCGGCCGCGGCGGCGGCUCCGCCACCUUCGAUCUCACCUCUUCCUCGUCCCUCCGAUUGCUGGCCAGGAACCCGAGGCCCGUCCUUAACCAAUUUCCCCGCGCUCUCCAUCAAGAACCCGAUCGCCUCGUCCUCCAAAGAAAGAAGGCCAAGGAGAGAACGCGAAGUAGAGUAGAGGAAGAGCUCGCGAAGGCGCGACGCGCGAUCCGCAAAACCUCCUCCUCCUCCAAGAGAAACGUGUCGGGAAACGUUUUUCAUGGAGAAGACGUCCCCAUCGCUGGCAUCUACCGCAACCCCGCCGCCUUCUUCCAGAGUUACGUGGAGAUGGAGAAGCGGUUCAAGGUGUACGUGUACGAGGAAGGGGAGCCGCCGCUGGUGCACGAGGGACCCUGCAAGGACAUCUACACCACGGAGGGCCGCUUCAUCGAGGAGCUCGAGCAGCAGCAGGAGGAGGUGGGAGGCGUGAGGACGUGGGACCCGGCGAGGGCCCAUGCCUUCUUCCUGCCCUUCAGCGUGGCCAAGAUGGUGCGGUACGUGUACAAGGACAAGAGCUGGGACCACACCCCCAUCAAGCGCUUCGUCACCGACUACCUCCGGGUGAUCGCCUCCAAGCACCCCUUCUGGAAUCGCACCGCCGGGGCCGACCACUUCAUGCUCUCCUGCCACGACUGGGGUCCUCAUGCAUCCAGAGCCAACCAAGAGCUUUACCACAACUCCAUCCGGGCCCUCUGCAACGCCAACACCUCGGAGGGCUUCCUCCCCCACAAGGAUGUCAGCAUCCCGGAGAUCCACCUCCACGACGGCAACAUUCCCCGCCAGCUCCUCUCCCCUCCCUUCCCGGACCUCUCCGACCGCCCCUACCUAGCCUUCUUCGCCGGUGGCAACCACGGCCCCAUCCGCCCCCUCCUCCUCCACCACUGGAAGGGCCGCCACGACGACCUCCCCGUCUACGAGUACCUCCCCAAGGGCCUCGACUACUACUCCUUCAUGCUCAAGUCUCGCUUCUGCCUCUGCCCCAGCGGCCAUGAGGUGGCGAGCCCGAGGAUCGUCGAGGCCAUCUACGCGGAGUGCGUACCGGUGCUGAUAUCGGAGAGCUAUGCGUUGCCAUUCAGUGAUGUCUUGAGGUGGGAGGCGUUCUCGGUGUCGGUCCCGGUGGCGGAGAUCCCGAGGGUGAGGGAGGUGCUGGAGAGGGUGGGAGAGGAGGAGCUGAGGCGGCUGAGGGAAGGAGUGAAGGCAGUGAGGAGGCAUUUUGUGCUCAACAAUCCGGUCAAGAGGCUUGAUGCGUUCAAUAUGAUACUGCACUCGGUGUGGCUCAGGAGGCUCAACGUUAAGCUCGAUUAA